AGGCACUUCACAUAUUGUUACACCCGACAAUAUCAAACUCUCUUUCGUCGUGGUGGAGACAACCUUCACGUGGAGCUCACCUCUGACGUGUGGCUGUGCGGUGCGGAAUUCUUUACAGGGUCCGUGCCGAACCGCGUAGCUUUAGUCGCGUCUCCCAUACCUCCACUCCAAUUCACAACUAUUCACAUUUCCCACAUCGGAGUGGUUUCCAGCUGGCUGAUACCUGCGGCUAAGUCUGCCUGGGUAUGGGCCAACAGGUAGAUCCGCGCCAAUGACCACAGCCUCCUUCUGGAUUGAAAUAAUCCCCAAACCCAUCUAUGUCGGCGGCACCGGCCCUCCAAUGGCGCCCAUCACCCUGCUGCCGGAGCACGACGAGGAGAGCUGGGUCAUCGCAGAGGUGAUUGAGUAUAAGAAGGUCCCUCACUAUGUCGUUCAUCCCAAGGAUAAACCGGUGGUGCGCAAGAUCAUCACGAAGAAUGUGGCGCUCGACUGGGUGUCGCCGUUGGUUUACGAGAUGUUUGAGAUGGAGGAGGGGUUGAGACGGGAUGCAAGGGAGGAGGAAUUGAGGCUGGAGAAGGAGCGGAGUAAACUCACCAAGAAGGGGAAGAAGAGAGGCCGCCCCUUCAGAAACCGUCAAAUGGAAGCAUCGGCGCUUGUCGAAUCAAUCGAGACGGAAACAGACGACAACGCACAACCGUCCGAUCUACAACCCUCCCUCUCACAACCAAACCUCAGAAUGGACUCACCCUUCGACACCGAAGCCACCGAAGACGAGACCAUAUCAAGAACCAUGGAACCCCCCCCCAGAAAACGCUCCCGCACAUCAACGAGCGAGGUCAGACUCUCCAGUAAGCCUCCAAGAAACCCCGAAGAACCCCUCUCAAGCCCUCAGACGGUGCAGAAGAAGAAUCUCGCGCCCACCUCAAAGUCACACCGAGAGUCGAAAUCUACGGCUGACGAGCCCUCAACGCCACGCCACUCGCCCUCGCCUUUCGGGGUGCGAACCUCGGAGACGCGAGCGCUGAGAGAUCGGUCUGCGCAGCCGUUUUAUGGACGGCAGAGGUCACAGACUGUGCAUCCUCCUCAGAGCGCGUCGCCAGCGAAGUCACCGAGAUCUACAACUGCGCCGAGACAACCUACACGAUCUAGCUCGCGCUCCAGAAACGCGACACCAAGCUACGGAGGGAUACAAAAAGGCUGGACAUCCGCCCCGCCCAAACCAAGCACCUCAACCGCCCCAAAACGAUCCAAAUCCAAAUCCACCACCUCUACACCCUCCAAACCCCCUCCCGCACCACCUCCCGCCUCCUCCUCCGCCAACAAGAACGACACCGACAUAACAGACGGCAAACAAUGGAAAGUCCUCCGCCUCCUCGACGAUAAAUGGGAAAUGAAAACGCAGCGCAGAUGCCACUACUACCUCACCCAGUGGGCGGGCGACUAUGAACCCACAUGGGAGCGGUCUACGAAUAUAACUAGUGAUCUGAAAAUCGAGUAUGAGAACUGGAUGAAGACGCCAGAGGGGAAAGCGCAUAAGGCGAACAGGAAGUCUGUUGAGAAGAGCGUUAAGUCUUCGAUUGAAAGGGACGUCGUGGAUGCUGUGAUGGCGCCGCGAAAAAAGUAUGAGAGACCGCGAUCGAGAAGGAGCUCCUCCUCGGAUGACCACGCGCAGGUUUCUAAACAACUAGGCGCUCACACCGCCCAAGAUGAUAAUACCAGCUCCACUGACUCCCCUGACCCCCUCGUCGCCGACCCAGCUACUACGGCAGUGAAGCGCGAGCAAUCCUCAGAAAGCGUGGACCAAUUACAACUCGCGAGGAGCCCGUUCUUUUCCUCGUCCUCCCAGGUCGCUGCUGAGGCGGCUGAAUCGGAUGAGGAGGAGGAGUGAGAUGGUGUGGCUGUGUUCACUGCGUCUGGCGGGCGCGGGGAGGUCGGGGUGUUGAUGCUUUUUCUGGUUACUGGAGUUUACGUACUGGGAGGGAUGGAGUUUCGGCGGGAGCUGGAUGGCGUAUGAUACUACAGGGUUUGGUUUGGUGUUUACUCGGG